AUACGCUGAAAAUAGUCGGCCAGAGAAGUGAAUAAGUAAAGCACACGGAAUCAGAGCUCCUGCAAGUGAAGGGUACUCGAGCAGACAAACUGCAAGCUAUCGAUCAGGUAAAGAACAACAUUUGGUCGCAAACUAUAGAAAGUGUCUAAGUGGUGUCCAGUUGUAGUGCUGCUGCUGUUAGUUACCAAGGAUAUAGCAACAUGAGAGCGUUUCUUUUUGCAGUGGUUUCCGUUCUUUCCGUCUCUUUCGCACAUGGAGGAGUGUUAGUUAACGACGCUCCAUCAUGUCCUGAACAACAUGGCGUCCAAGCCUAUGCUCAUCCUGAGUCCUGCAACAUAUUCUUUCUAUGCACCAACGGCACUUUAACCGUAGAACAAUGCGAGAACGGACUUUUGUUCGAUGGAAAAGGCGCUGUACACAACCACUGCAACUACCACUGGGCCGUUGACUGUGGAGAAAGAAAGGCCGACCUCACCCCAAUCAGCACCCCUGGAUGCGAAUAUCAAUUCGGAUUGUACCCUGAUACCGAUGGUUGUUCCACCCAUUACAUCAAGUGCGCUUACGGAGAACCAAUUCCCCAAGAAUGUGAACCAGGUUUAGUUUAUGAUGAACGUAUCCAUGGGUGCAAUUGGCCUGAUCUCUUGUUGGAAAAAUGUAACCCAGAAGCUGUUGUCGGAUUUAAAUGCCCAACCAAAGUUCCCUCAGGAAGCCCAGCUGCAAAAUUCUGGCCUUUCCCAAGGUUCCCAGUGCCCGGAGACUGUCAUCGUCUUAUCACCUGCGUAAAUGGACACCCACGUCUGAUUUCUUGCGGAGAUAAUAAAGUUUUGGACGAUUCUACUCUCACCUGCGAAGAACCUGAAUUGGUACCACACUGCGCCAAUCACAUAAGAAAAUAAAUUAAGAAAAAAAUGCAAAUUUAUUUAAUUAUGAAAGUCAAUUUAUUCAUAAUUAAAUUAAUUUGUUAAAUGUAUAAGAACCUCCAAAAUUAAAAAAAAAUGUAUUUAAAUUAAAUAAUUUUGUAGAUAUCAAUAAUUAUUUUGUAAAUAUUCUUUAUUCCAUGUACAAAUAGUAUCUGAGUAUACCAACCUACAAAUAUGUACUUUGUCCAUAUGUAG